CUCUUUCCCCAUUCCUGAUAUCAGAUCUUAUUGGUAAGCUCGUCAUGUCCCCCCACGCCGCAGACUAAGUUUCAAAUAAUACUUUUCUUUCUUCCGCCUUACCGAGAUCAAGCCCCUUUCCUCCAUUCUCCAUGACUCCAGUCAAGGAAAUGAUGUGGGGGAUGGGGAAAAAGACUGAAUAAGCCGGGGUCAAAUGCACCGAGUCGGAGUGAUGAAAAGCGAUGUCACGUGGGAAAGAAUUCCCAUUCUUGGCGGCUUUCGUUAUGUUGGUGUCAUGACAGAUCUGAAAUGAUACAUAUUGAAUAUCGUGGAAAGCCGAAGCGAACGGAAACGUCAGGACUCCAACAAAGCCGGACUUCACGUUGGAACUUCACUAAGUCCACCUGAUUAUCUCCACCUCAAUAUCGCACCAAGGACGACCUUAUGAUAUUGUAAAACAAUGGCACCCAACAAUCUCAAAUGGCUUCAACCGAGUAAGGAUGGCCUGUCUCACGGGAUCUCAUUCGGCAUGCCAUGGGCUCGAGGUGUCCACCGGUCCGGACAACACUUCGCAAUCACGGGCGAUGCUGGCCAUUCAUACUCGCUUGACAGUCGAGAAACGGCAUUUUGGCCGGAUGGAUCGCUGAAAUGGACUGCUCAUUCUGUUGCUGGAGAUGUUGGAUAUUCGGAUUCGUACACUGUCGAAGCGUCUUCUGAACCACAAGGAGAUGUGAUGUCUGUCAACAACAACAAAAUCACAACUACCUCAGGCCUCGAGCUGGAGCUCUCACAACCUGGAAGUGCUUUUUUGUUUGAAAAACUUGCAUUUGAAGGGGGGAUUGUCUCCACAGGCGCAACCAUCAUUGCCUCAAUCGACAACCAGCACUACACAACCAAAACCAAGUCUGUGAUAGUAGAGAAUGCAACAUUUUCUCGCAUCGUGAUCAAAGUUUCAGGUGCCACGAUUUCCAAAUCAGGAGAAGAACAUCUCCCAUUCGACGUCCGCCUCUACAUCCAUCAGCAUUCCUCCACCCUCAAAAUUAUCCACUCAUUCAUCCACGAUCUUGAAGCCUCUCAACCAUUAACUAGUCUCGGACUCAAAUUCAGCGUCCCGUUGAAAGGCUCAGAGAUGUAUAACCGCCAUAUCCGACUCGGAACGUCAAACAGCUCUCUCAUUUCCGAAGAAAUGCUCGGCCUCUCCGGCCUACGAUACGGACCAACGACACAGAAUCGCAUCGAUCAGACAGACGGCAAACCCGUGACUUUGAAAGCAGAGGAAUGGGUGAAGUUCAAAACAGGAGCGGAUAAGCACAGUGCUCUAGGUUUCGUCCCAACGUGGGACGCAUACACACUCUCUCAAUUAUCAAGCGAUGGAUUUACCGUCAAGAAAAGAACGAAAGAGGAAUGCGCAUGGGUGAAAGUGACAGGUGGAGGAAGAGCAGAUGGAACUGCUUAUGUAGGAACAGCCAGCGAAGGCGGGCUUGCAGUUGGGAUGUCGAACUUCUGGGAACGGUAUCCGACGCAGCUUGACCUGAGCGGACUGACAAAAGACGUGGGUGAAAUGACGGUCUGGUUGUACUCGCCACUUGCUGAGCCACUGGAUACGAGACCGUUUCAUGAUGGACUGGGAAUGGAUACGUAUCCCAAGCAAUUGGCAGGAUUGGAUGUGACGUAUGAAGACCACGAGCCUGGAUUCAGCACUGCGAAUGGAAUCGCAAGGACGAAUUCGCUGUUUCUAAAACCGUACACAGCAACACCUUCCAACCAGGACCUCGCAGCUUUCUCCUCCCUAGUAAGAGAUCCACCGCGUCUCGUCCCAGAAGCAGGGCACAUGCAUAGCACCGGCGUGUUCCACGGCAGCUGGUCGCCCUCACAUGAGAUAUCAAAUUCCUCGCCUAAUGAAGGCGAAAAGGAUAUCGGAUCUAACCUGUCAACCCUCUUCUCCUUCUAUGCAAACCAAAUCUCCCAACAGCGCUGGUAUGGGUUCUUCGACCACGGCGACAUCCAACACACGUACGAUCCGCACCGGCACGCGUGGCGGUACGAUGUCGGCGGUUUCGCCUGGGACAACAGUGAACUCUCUACUGACCUCUGGCUCUGGCUGUACUUCCUACAUACCAGUCGUGCAGACGUAUUCAAGAUCGCUGAGGCAAUGACACAACAUACAUUCGAAGUCGACAUCUAUCACUCCGGACGAUUCAAAGGGUUCGGAACACGGCACGGCGUCCAGCACUGGAGCGACUCAAGCAAACAACUUCGCAUAUCCUCCGUCCUAUUCCGCCGAAUCUACUACUACCUCACCGGCGACGAGCGAAUCGGCUCCAUCAUCUCCUCCCUCUCCACCUCCGAAGCCGCCCUCCUAACCCUCGACGCCCACCGCAAAGUCCAAGCCAAAGACACGCACGCCCUACCCCCGGGCUUCGCGAUGGCGAAUAUAGGACUCGACUGCGGCCCACUAAUGUCAGCUUGGCUUACGGCUUGGGAACGUCGUUCAGAAGGCUGGGAGAAAUGUAAAUCCUUGCUCGUCAAACUCCUUGCCGGGAUUACGGCCCUGCCGCAUGGGAUUGGGAGUAAUGCCAUGUUGUUGAAUCCUUCUACGGGGGAGGUGAGACCUGCUCCGCCGCCGACGCCGGAUCAUGCGAUCUCGCAUUUGAGUAUGUUGUUUGGCUUUCCGGAGAUUGUGGGGGAGGUGUUGGAUUAUGCGGCUCAGGAUGCGGAUUGUAGAGACGUGGUUCAAGAUUUUAAGGAGAAUACUUGGCUGCCUUAUUGUAGAGCGUAUAAUGCCGGUCCGGAAACACAACUCAAGGAGUUCGGGUUUGUUUUUGAUGUGGGACUUGACGAUUCUUGGAGGCAGAGUCAUUCGACUCUUACUGCUUUCGUGGCUGUUGAAGAGAAGAGCGAGGAGAUUGCGAGGAAGGCAUGGGAGGAGUUCGGGAGUGAUGGGUAUGGGAGGGAUCAUGACUGGACGAUUGAGAAGACUGGGGAUGGUGGUGGGGAGGAGGCGAAGUGGAUUACGACGAAUGAGGCGGCCAGGUAUGGGGUUAGUGCGUUGGUGAAUUUGCCGAAGAUUAGGGAGUUUCUGUGAUGGGAUGAGAGAUGAAGAUGGGAUUGGGAAUUAGUAUGGGGGUUGAAGGUGCAGAGAGAAGAGUUUAGCCAACACAGCAGGUCAGCCACGCUGCAAACAUGCUUUGCGCGACAUGGACGUUGGUAGAGCGCAGAAGACCACGAAACAGGUAAAUGCCAGAAAGAAAACCGGAAAUGCAGCUUUCCAGCAUUGACACAAGAGCGACUUGAAGAGUCACAUGACUGACCUCAUCACAGACUUGGAGCGUAGCAUGCCGUAGCAUGCAGUAGUGCAGUAGUAGAGCCGAGAAAAUUUGUUCGAUUAGUCAACCAAACAAAAGUCCAAAG